AUGGCCGACGGCAGCGUGACUAUGGCUCCGGAUUGGAACAACUUGCGGGUGCUCCAGCGCAACCGAUUGCCAGCGCGUGCCCACUUUUACAACUUUGAAGAUGAGGCCACAGCUCUUACCUUUGAUGCUAAGAAGAGCUCACUGCACUGUAGCCUCAACGGCAGGUGGAAAUUCCGUCACGACUUAUCACCUCUAGAAGCUCCUGAAUGGGACGAGGCAAAGCCAGAAUCAUGGAGCGACAUUGUUGUUCCAGGUAUGUGGCAGCUUCAGGGAUAUGGCCGCCCGCACUACACCAAUGUUAAUUAUCCUUUUCCUGUUGAUCCGCCUAAUGUACCUUUUGAGAACGAAACGGGUUCUUACUUUCGGGAGUUCCUCCUCCCUCAGAGCUGGGACGCCGGCCAGCAAGCUAUUCGCCUGCGUUUUGAAGGUGUCGAUAGCUCCUAUCACGUCUGGAUUAACGGAAAACGUGUGGGAUAUAGCCAGGGAAGUCGCAAUGCUGCUGAGUUCAAUAUUACCGAUAAGUUGAACCUCGAAGGCCGCCGUAUUAAUACUAUUGCUGUCCGCGUCUAUAAGUUCUGUGACGGAACAUAUGUUGAAGACCAGGACCAGUGGUGGCUUAGCGGGAUUUUUCGAGAUGUAUACCUGGUGGCUUUUCCACGCCUCGCCGCCAUUGAGGACUUCACAAUUACUACUCACCUCGAUGAUGAGUUCACGUCAGCCAAGGUUACCGCUACUGUCCAAACCACCGAUGCGGACUCCGCGGAUUUCCGCUUUGGCCUAAAGCUCAUUUCUCCUGAUGGACGAGUGAUAGGUCAGGGCGAGGGAAACGACCAGGUCACGAUUGAUAUUGCUCAAGCCGACUUGAAACUGUGGUCGGCAGAGCAGCCUGCGCUCUACAAGGUGCUGCUCAGCUCUGGUUCUCAUUCUCAAGUGGUUCCGCAGCGCGUCGGAAUUCGCCGCGUUGAGGUGCGAAAUGGCAAUAUCCUUUUCAACGGCCAGCCCAUCAUCUUUUAUGGCGUUAAUCGCCACGAACAUCACCCAACUAUGGGCCGUGCGGUUCCAUGCGAAGCCACUCGCCGCGAUCUCUUACUGAUGAAGCGUUGCAAUAUCAAUGCAAUCCGCACUUCACAUCAGCCACAGAAUCCACAUUUUUAUGAUCUAGCUGAUGAGCUUGGCUUCUAUAUCAUUAAUGAGGCUGACCUAGAGUGUCAUGGCUUUUAUAAGCCCGAGCGUGCUAUAUUGGACGCUAAGAACCUUGGGCUUUCAAGAGUUGAGGCGCGUGAGGCAACAUAUGUGGAAGCUGGAAAGUGGCUUUCCGGCAACCCUGAGUGGAGGGCUGCCUAUCUAGAUCGCGCUGAGCAGCUUGUAGAGAGAUUCAAGAACUCAACCUCCUCGAUCAUUUGGUCUAUGGGUAAUGAGGCAUUCUACGGUGAGAAUAUUGCAGCUAUGGCUCAAUGGGUCAAGAAGCGGGACCCUACGAGACUGGUCCAUUACGAAGCUGACCUCGAAGCGAAGGAUACUGAUAUGUAUAGUCGUAUGUAUUAUACUAUUGACGAGCUGAAAGAACACAUCGCCAAUAGGAAUGACCGCCCACUGAUUCUCUGCGAAUAUGCCCAUGCCAUGGGUAACGGGCCAGGCGGUUUAAAAGACUACAUUGACGCUUAUCGAAGCGAAAAGUCUCUACAGGGCGGGUUCAUCUGGCAAUGGGCCAGCCACGGUCUGCUGCAAAGGUCUAGCAGUGGACAGCCAUUCUAUGCUUAUGGCAGCGACUUUAGGCAGGCGCUGAAUGACAGUGACUUUGUCAUGGAUGGCAUGCUAUGGUCUGACCAUGAGCGGCCUAGCCCUGGAUUAAUCGAAUACAAGAAGGUUAUUGAACCGGUGACGGUGGAUAACCUGGACCUCGCGGCCGGAACCGUCUCGAUUCGAAACCAUCUAUUCUUCUCAGACUUAGCCCAUCUGGAAGCUUCGGUCAGCGUCACAGUGCAAGACCAGAAGCCGACAUCUUCGGUAACCAUGGCUUUGCCACCCAUUGGGCCAUCUUCGAGUGGCGAGGUGGAGAUCCCCGAGGAGAUUCUGGCUCCCCUCCGAGAGCAGUCCGAAGAGAAUAAGUGGCUGAAUCUGUCAUUUUUUCUCCAUUCAGAAGUUUCAUGGGCCCCUCGAGGCCAUGAGGUCGCCUGGGCUCAAAUUAAGGCUCCCGCUUGCCUUACAGUCAGUCCGGCGGUGACUCCAAACAUCACCUCAGACGACGAAAGCAGCAUCAAGGCAGAGGUCAAAGAAGCUCGUGGGCGGCUCGUUAUCUCACGCCCAGGCCACAAUGCCAGCAUCGUUUUUGACCUCGCUCGCGGCGGAUUCCGCUGGGCCGGCGAGGCCGGAGUCACAAUUACGCGCGGCCCGGAGCUCAGCAUUUACCGUGGCAUGACACAGAACGACGUGGGCUUUGGAGGAGACGGUGCUGAAUGGAAGCGAUGCCUGCUGCAAAUAGCACGGUCCUGGGUCACAAAGCACAGUUGGACCUCGAACGACGAUGCCAUCUCGGUAGUAAGCGAAGUGAGGGUCGGUCCACCAUCAUUGACCUGGGCGGUCAGAGCUAGGCUCGAAUACACCAUCUCCCACUCACUUCAAAGUGUAUCGGUUCGGGUUACAGGUGAUAUUGAGAAGCGUAAGGGUUCUUCCCCGUGGCCUACAACAAUUCCUCGCAUUGGACUCGACAUGGCACUACCCAGGUCGUAUAAUACCGUCAACUGGUUUGGCCGAGGCCCGGGCGAAUGCUACCGCGAUAAGAAGGAGGCACAGCGUCUUGGACUAUACGAAUCAAAGGUUGAAGACUUGCAUGUUCCAUACGAAGUCCCCCAAGAAAACGGUGGGCGCUGCGACGUGGAUUGGCUCAAGUUACAGGCCGCGGGUGGUUCUGUUGUCAGCCCUGCGCUUGAGAUUCGGAUGGCUCAAGGACCGUUUAGCUUCGUAGCCAGACACCACACGACACAAGAGCUGGAAGAGAAGACACACCCUCAUCUUUUGCAGGAGUGUGACGAUACAUUACUCUACGUGGACCAUGCCCACCAUGGUCUUGGGUCUGGUUCAUGCGGACCGCCGCCAUUCCCGCAUGACCGGCUGUACAUGGGCCCCUUUGACUUUACCAUGCAUCUCCGUCUUGUAGAUAUCGACUAG